UAAAAUGGGCAGAUUAAUGGCGAAUCUAAAGGAUAAUAUCACAGCGGAGCGUGUGGCCAUUUUCUUUGGCCUGCUGUCCACUUGCCUGGCCGUGGCACUGGUCAUUGUUGUGGUGCACAGGGACAAUCUUAUGCUGCAGCUGUCGGAGGCCCGAGAGAAACUCGAUGUGCUGGAGGAUUAUAUACAGACCAAUGUGCUGUCCGAUCCAACAGAACAGUUUGAGGCGCACUUGCGCAGCGAAUUCUGA